AUGAUCUACAUCCGGAGAGUCAUACUGCAGAAUCAUAUGCAACAUGACAGAAGUACAUCUCAUGCGUUUGGAGCCCUACCAAUAAAAAGAGAGCAACAUCCUCAGGAAGCAGCUUGGAAACUGAUGCUGCUCCAACACCAACUAUUGUCUGGCCAGCAGCAUCAGUACCAAUGUUGGGGGUCAGCCUGCUGGUUCAGGCUACUGUGUGCUUACUUGGCCAUGGCCACUUUCCAACUGCUCAGCUCCAUCCAAAACACAUAUUUCCUUGUGCUUUCUCAGUUUUCACAAAAUUGUUGUAUUUUAUUCUUCCCCCUCCCGCCACGAUUUAAAAAACAAAGCAAAACUGUGACAGAACAAACCAGUUAAAAGGUAGCUUGGAAACUAACUGUGGCCUUGUUAACAUGUAAUCAAGAACAAUCGUUUAAAAACCAGCUUUUUUAUUAUUAUUAGACAAUGUCACUGCAGAGAGCAUUAUAUUCGAAAUGUCCUAGUGCUGUAUGGAUUAGAUUGCCUCUCGGCAGCGUUAUAAAAACUGGAGGAAACUUUGCAGCAUUUCAAAGGAGUCUCAUGCUUGUCCUUUAUAAGGAACAACUUAGAUAGGAACUGAAAUAAUAAUAAUAAUAAUAAUAAUAAUAAUAAUAAUAAUAAUAAUAUGCAGUCCAUCUGAGUGGGUUGCCCCAGUCACUCUGGGCAGCUUCCAAUGAUUAUAAAACUACAGUAACACAUCACACAUUAAAAACUUCCCUAUACAGUCAGAUAGGUGUUUAUUUCCUUGACAUCUGACGGGAGGGCAUUCCACUUGAUGGGCACAACUACUGUGAAGGCCCUCUGCCUGGUUCCCUAUAACCUUACAAUACCGCGGCCAGACUAUAAUACGGAGCCAGACAUUGGUCCAUCUUACUCAGUAGUGUCUACCCUGACUAGCAGUGGCUUUCCCGAAUUUUAGACAAGGACUCUUUCCGAAGUCCCAGUUGGAGAUGUCUGGGACCAUGUGCAUGCAGAUGAUUUCGAGGGAUGGCUGUGUUUUGGCUCAUAUAAAGUGUGAAUUAGGUAGAUUUGCCUUUAAAUGUGACCUGAAUCAAAUUUCCGCCCCAUUCCUACAAAAGUGCAAAGUACAUACAAUUGCCCAUCCAAAUGGACAUAUACAUGUUUUGCAGUUCUCAGCUGGAUCUGAGCAUCCGCCUAUUUCCAAGAUAAGCACUUCCUUCCAAAGGCAGCACUUCCUUAAUGGCAUUCUACCAGGCAGAGCAUCUGUGUAGAAAAUUAAGCUAAGCUUCAUAAGAAAACUUUGGAAAAGCAGCAGAAUCUUUCAAAUGCUCUGGAUUAGAGGCCUCUGCAGGCACUAUGAAGCUGUUUGGCAAACCAGGACUGAAUAAGGAUGUUUAGGAGGCACAAGAAGAAGUCUUCUCCUCUGUUUCCAAUUAUUUCUUUAUCUCUCCUCUAUCCUUCUAGUUACCCCAGUGUUUUCUUAGCUGACAGCCAUUAUGGUUUAGGAUUGUGAGGAUAAAUGCAAAACUUAACAAAUUAUAAAUAUCCUGUUUCAAGAUGUGUUAUCACUCACUGAAAAGAAACCAACUGCAGCUUAAGAUUUUUGACAGCAAUUUUCGGCCUGUUGUCUAUUUGAAGGUUUAGUUUAUUCUUAGGAAAUAUUACAUGGCCAAGAGUUAAGAUACUAUGUUGGCAGAGGCCAAAGCUUUCUUUCAGGAACUCUGACCUUCCAAGUGAAAUGAAAGUUGACAGUGGAAACCAUCUGAAGGGGAAGAAAACCUGAACGAACAAUAGGAGAAAGGGAAACUGGAAGCAGCAGGUACCGUAACAACCGCCUACAAAUUCCUUGGGUUUUGCUUGUUCUUUUAAGAGUAGCUGGCUUAGCAGAACAUAUAGAAUUAAGAAAUAGAAUGAAGCAAAUAAACAAAAUCUGAACUAGAUCAACAGUGUUUGAGUUAGGCUGGAUUGAAUUUUUUUCUUUCUCAGUGAAUGGUAGGGGAAAAUGGAUAUUGUGAUAUCUGGAAGUCUGCUCCUCAUAAAAUAUUUAAAAUGCUUCAUGCAGUAAAUGUGUCUCUACAAAAACCAGCAGCAGAACAGUUGAGGAAGGAGACUUCUCUAGAAUUAACAAGCUUUUUAUUCAUAAGAUGCAUGUGGUAUGGUGCAGAAUAGAAAGGUCACUGAGGGUGAAGAGGAUUCCCAUACCAAAGAACACACAUGACCAGCCGAUGUGAUUUUCCUGUGUGUCAAUGCUCUAGAAAGUUAUGGUUGACUACAGCUUCCCACAUACAAUCUGUACAUCUUACUUAGUAUUUACUAUAUUGUCUUAAUAAAUAUUCAGUCUGCAGAACAAUAGUAUGGUGGAAUUAAAUGAUUAGGAGGGACCUGAUGACCAGCUAUUUCAAGCACCUCUGUUAAGAAAGUAUACUUUAAGUCUAAGCACUGAACCAUUUCAACACCAUCAACCAGCUGGCUUAUGUACUGGAGAGCAUCAUCGUGAAUAUACUGUGCCAUAAGUGGAGGGCAAGACCAAUCCAAGUGUCUAAUGCAUUUUUAUGCCGUUAUUCUUUUACAAAAACAGCUCAUAUGAGAGGACAGCUCACUCUCAUUGAAGUUAAUGACUGGACAGUGCUGUGUCAAAUUAAAGUUCUUGCUUAACUAUUUUAACAGAUCAGACUUAAACUCUAAAGGGAAACAGAUUGCUCCUAGAAGUUUGAGUUAUACAGCCCAGAGGGCUGCUCCUUGAUCCUUCCUUUUAGUAACCAGUGUUUAUUUAAAUCCUAUGGUGAUAUUUUGGACAGGCACUGGCAGACAGGCAGACAGUUGUUUCAUGAGCAUUAAUCACCUGUGGAACUGCAACCUCGGGGUACGUUCAUCAAACUGGGCUGCACAAGUUAAACCUUGACUUCCUGAUUAUGAUCAGCAAACAGAAGUCUGAAGAAGGUACAUGAAAAUCAAAUAAACUUCUGUACACCAUAAGAGCUAUUUGCAUAAUAUUUGCAUAUAUUCAUGUAUCAGUUUGGGUUUGUGCAAAUAAACAUUUUCUCAGUAAAACUAUGAGCUUUUCACUGUAAAAGAUAACCCAAUUUAAUUAUACCUAAUGUGCUUCCAUCAUAUGCCACCUUAUACCUGCCAUAAAUUCCCAAAGUAUUGUAGUUUCUGAUGAAAAGUGACAACCAAAAAGAAUCAGUUCCAACGAUGGUGGACUGGCAAUUAGAAUUGCUGGAAUAUGCAGAAAUGGUGGAAGUUAUUGGAAGAAUAAGAAACCAAGAAAAGAGACUUUUAAAAACAGCAUGGGGAAAAUUUAUUGACUAUUUGAAGAUGUAUUGUAAACAACUUAAAACAUUAGCAGGACUGACAUAAACAUGCACAGUAAUAAAUAACUAAAAGAGAAUACAGGUAAACAGGUUUGAACUGGAUAUGCAGUAAUAAAAGAUAUAAAAUAAGCAACCACAGAAAGGAGAGAAAUCGCAGGAAAUGCAGAUUGAUUAUGUAAAGAUUUCAUGUUUUUUUUGUAAAAUGUAAAUGUUUUUGUAAAAUGUAAAAUAUUUGUAAAAUGAGAAUGGGGGGGGAGCGGGUCAAAACUAGUGUUGUCUUUAAAAACAAACAAAAAACCUCCCCACCAAUAUAAUAUCUAAGUCUUAGCCCCAGUGGUGUUAACUCAGUAAAACUAUUCCAGUGGGACUUGCAAAUGGCUCAAAAUUGAAAAGGUACUGAAUGGAACAAUUGUAAUUCUAAUGCUUCUAGCUGUUUCUCUGCAUUUGUGGGUUUACCUACCCCCCCCCCAGCGAACACACCAUGCUGUUUGGGACUAAUGGGAGCUUCAUGGUGAAACAUCAGGAGAGGCACCAUGUUGGCAAAGGCUGGCUUAGCCUUUCAAGGCCUAUUUCCUGCCCCCCUUUCUUUUGCUCUUCAGCUAAGAGUCUGAAAUUAUCCUCAAUGCCUUUACACAAAUCAAUUCAUUUAUUAAAAAAAAAUUAGCAGAAGAAAAGUCUUCUUUCGCAGUUGCCCCUUGAUUUAUAAUAUGCAGGCCUCCUUGCUCAAGAAGCCCCAAGCAAAACAUGAUUAUAGGUUUAGAUACGACAUCACCUAUAUAUAGCCCUUUGCACCUGAGACUACUCAAGAUACCCUUUCUCUUAAAUACAGCUGAUUGUUUUGAAGUUGUAUCAUGCACCCCACACUCUACCCCUAGGCUCAGAUGACUCCAAGAUGGCAUGGCCUGACCUUGAAGAAUGUGAGAAGUCAGGAAACAGUGAGGAGAGAACAGAUCAAAACAAGAGCAUUAGCAAAAUGAAUCUCAAGAUAGGAUCUAAAUGA